AUGCUUUCGAACUUCGCUUCGCGCAACACAGCUCGUGUUUCUGCGCUCAAUGCGGCUCGCAGGCUAAUAAGACACGCCUCGGGAGCUGGGAAUGUCGAAAAAGCCUCCGCAGGCGGCGUUUCGUCCUUCAAGACCAACAAAGUGAUCGAAAACAAUGCAGGCAAUAAGCCCAACGUCGUGGUCCUUGGUUCCGGAUGGGGUGCCAUCUCUUUGCUCCAAAACAUCGAUGCCAAAAAGUACAAUGUCACCAUGAUAUCUCCUCGUAACUACUUUUUGUUCACCCCAUUGCUGCCUUCUACCCCAGUAGGUACUGUGGACGAAAAAUCCAUCAUCGAACCAGUGGUGAACUUUGCCUUGAAGAAGAAGGGCAACGUCUCCUACUAUGAGGCCAAGGCCACUUCCGUCAACCCAGAGAGAAACACUGUCACCAUCCAGGCCGUUUCUACCGUUGCUCAAUUGGGACAAGAAGACAACCACUUGGGUCUAACUCAACAAGACGCUGCGGAGGUAAAAUACGAUUACUUGGUCACUGCCGUGGGUGCUGAACCAAACACUUUCGGUAUCCCUGGUGUGGAACAACACGGUAACUUUUUGAAGGAGAUUCCACACUCCUUGGAGAUCCGUAAGAAGUUUUUGUCCAACAUUGAAAAAGCUAACUUGCUUCCAAAAGGUGACCCUGAGCGUAAGCGUCUAUUGACCAUUGUUGUUGUGGGUGGUGGUCCAACCGGUGUCGAGACCGCUGGCGAAUUGCAAGAUUACAUCGACCAAGAUCUCAAAAGGUUCAUGCCUUCCGUGGCCGAAGAGGUUCAAAUUCAUUUGGUUGAGGCAUUGCCAGUUGUUUUGAACAUGUUCGAACGCAAGCUUACUUCUUACGCCCAAGACGUAUUGCAGAAAACUUCUAUCAAGGUACACUUGAGAACUGCUGUUUCUAAAGUCGAAAAAGACCACCUGGUCGCCAAGACAAAGGCUGAAGACGACUCGGUCACUGAACAAACCAUUCCUUACGGUACUCUGAUCUGGGCCACUGGUAACAAGCCUGUGAGCAUAAUCACCGACCUUUUCAAGAAAAUUCCUCAACAAAACGAAUCCAGAAGAGGUUUGGCUGUAAAUCACAACAUGUUGGUUAAGGGUACCAACAACAUUUUCGCCGUUGGUGACAACGCUUUCUCUGGUCUGCCACCAACCGCCCAAGUUGCCCACCAACAAGCAGAAUACUUGGCUAAGAUCUUUGACAAGAUGGCCAAGACUCCUAACUUUCACAGUGAGUUGGCCCAAAGAAGCGAAAAGGUUGAUCUUUUCUUUGAGCAGAAGGGUAUCAAGCCUUUUGACUACAUUCAUUAUGGUGCUUUGGCCUACUUGGGUGCUGAGAAAGCAAUUGCCAACAUCACAUAUGGUAAGCGCUCCUUUUACACUGGCGGCGGUGUGUUGACUUUCUACAUCUGGAGAGUUCUUUACGCUAUGAUGAUUUUGUCCGCCAGAUCCAGAUACAAGGUCAUUGCCGAUUGGUUCAAGCUAGCCAUUUUCAGAAGAGACUGUUUCAAAGAGUUGUAA